AUGUCAUUCCGAAGCAUAGCUCGUGAUAUAAGGGAUAGUAUUGGGAGUUUAUCAAGACGGAGUUUUGACUUUAGGCUGCACAGUCACCACAGGGAGAAGUCUCGUGGUUUUGUACACGAGUUGGAUGACCAAACUCUGGUCAUCCAGAGUAGUUGUUGGGCUAAUCUCCCACCCGAGUUACUUCGUGAUGUCAUUAAGAGGUUGGAGGAGAACGAGAGUACGUGGCCUGCUCGCAAGCACGUUGUUGCUUGUUCGGCUGUUUGCCGGUCAUGGAGGGAGAUGUGCAAGGAAACUGUACAAAGGCUAGAGUUCUCUGGAAAGUUGACAUUCCCAGUCUCUCUAAAGCAGCCAGGGCCACGAGAUGGGACCAUUCAAUGCUUCAUUAAGAGAGAUAAAUCUAAACUGACUUACCAUCUUUACCUCAGUCUAAGUCCUGCCUCACUUGUAGAAAAUGGUAAAUUCCUUCUCUCUGCAAAGCGGAAUCGGAGAACCACAUGUACAGAGUAUGUGAUUUCAAUGGAUGCUGAUAACAUAUCAAGGUCAAGUAGCAGUUACCUUGGAAAAUUAAGGUCAAAUUUCCUCGGCACUAAGUUCAUAAUAUUUGACACACGGCCGCCAUACAACAAUUCUAAUAUUUCUCCACUGAGUCAUAAUAGCUGCAGGUUCUACUCAAAAAAAGUGUCUCCAAAAGUCCCGAGUGGAAGCCACAACAUUGCUCAGGUCACAUACGAGCUCAAUGUGCUCGGCUCCAGGGGGCCACGUAGGAUGCGUUGCAUCAUGCAUUCCAUACCUACCUCGGCCCUCGAGCCUGGCGGUACUGUCCCAGGCCAACCCGAGCUCGCUCCUUGCUCUCUUGAAGAUUCAUUCCGUAGUAUUUCUUUCUCCAAGUCGAUUGACACCUCAUCCGAGUUUACAAGUGCUCGGUUCUCUGACAUUAUAGGUACACAUGGGGAAGAGGAUGAUGGGAAGGAGAGACCGUUAGUUCUUAAAAACAAGCAACCUAGGUGGCAUGAACAAUUGCAGUGCUGGUCUCUUAAUUUUCGGGGGAGGGUAACUGUUGCCUCUGUCAAGAAUUUUCAGCUUGUAGCUACAACACAGCCUGCUGCUGUUGCGCCAAUACCAUCCCAACCGGCCCAAUCAGAUCAAGAUAAGAUUAUCUUGCAGUUUGGUAAAGUUAGCAAAGAUAUGUUUACCAUGGAUUACCGAUAUCCUUUAUCUGCUUUUCAGGCAUUCGCUAUCUGUUUAAGUAGCUUCGACACAAAACUGGCAUGUGAAUAG